AGCUCUAUCCUCCAGUCUCUCGCACCUUCUUCAGCCUUCUCAUCUUUAGGAACCAUGUCGAGCAAAUCCACCGUGAGGAUCCAAAGCAGCAGCCGCCGUGGCUUCAGUGCCAGCUCGGCCAAAGUCCCUGGGGCCGGCCGCUCUGGCUUCAGCAGUGUCUCUGUGUCCCGCUCCAGGGGCAGUGGAGGCCUCGGUGGAGUGUGUGGAGGAGCUGGCUUUGGCAGCAGGAGCCUCUAUGGCCUGGGGGGCUCCAAGAGAAUUUCUUUCGGAGGCGGCAUUGGUGGCAGAGUUGGAGGUGGCUUUGACUUUGGAGGCCGUCUAAUUAAUUUUGAACGUGCAGCUGGUGCUGGCUUUGGGCUGGGUGCUGGAGCUGGCUUUGGAGGUGGCUAUGGGGGCGCUGGCUUCCCUGUGUGCCCCCCUGGAGGCAUCCAAGAGGUCACGAUCAACCAGAAUCUCCUCACUCCUCUGAACCUGCAAAUCGACCCCACCAUCCAGCGGGUGAGGACUGAGGAGCGGGAGCAGAUCAAGACCCUCAACAACAAGUUCGCCUCCUUCAUCGACAAGGUGCGCUUCCUGGAGCAGCAGAACAAGGUCCUGGACACCAAGUGGACCCUGCUGCAGGAGCAGGGCACCAAGACCGUGAGGCAGAACCUGGAGCCUCUGUUCGAGCAGUACAUCAACAACCUCAGGAGACAGCUGGACAGUAUCGUUGGGGACAGAGGCCGCCUGGACUCAGAGCUCCGGGGCAUGCAUGACAUGGUGGAGGACUUCAAGAGCAAGUAUGAAGAUGAAAUCAACAAGCGCACUGCUGCGGAGAAUGAAUUUGUCACUCUGAAGAAGGAUGUGGAUGCUGCCUACAUGAAUAAGGUUGAACUUCAAGCCAAGGUAGAUGCUCUCAUGGAUGAGAUCAACUUCACCAGGGCCUUCUAUGACGCAGAACUGGCUCAGAUGCAAACCCACAUCUCAGACACGUCUGUGGUCCUCUCCAUGGACAACAACCGUAACCUCGACCUGGACAGCAUCAUCGCUGAAGUCAAAGCCCAAUAUGAGGAGAUUGCUCAGAGGAGCAGGACUGAGGCUGAGUCCUGGUACCAGACCAAGUAUGAGGAGCUGCAGGUCACAGCUGGCAGACACGGGGACGACCUGCGCAACACCAAGCAGGAGAUUGCUGAGAUCAACCGCAUGAUCCAGAGGCUGAGAUCUGAGAUCGACCAUGUCAAGAAACAGUGCGCCAACCUGCAGGCCUCCAUUGCUGAGGCUGAGCAGCGUGGGGAGCUGGCCAUCAAGGAUGCCAGGAGCAAGCUGGUUGAGCUGGAAGAUGCCCUGCAGAAGGCCAAGCAGGACAUGGCCCGGCUCCUGAAGGAGUACCAGGAGCUGAUGAAUGUCAAGCUGGCCCUGGAUGUGGAGAUCGCCACCUACAGGAAACUGCUGGAAGGCGAGGAGUGCAGGCUGAGUGGAGAAGGCGUUGGACCAGUCAACAUCUCUGUGGUGCAGUCCACUGUCUCUGGUGGUUAUGGCAGUGCUGGUGGUGUCAGCAGUGGUUUCGGCCUGGGCGGAGGCAGCGGCUACUCCUAUGGCAGUGGUCACAACCUUGGAGGUGGCUUCAGUUCGGGCAGUGGCAGAGGAUUUGGAGGUGGUCUCAGCUCUGUUGGAGGCAGCAGUUCCUCCAUCAAGUACACCACCACCACGUCCAGCAGGAGGGGCUACUGAAGUCCUCCCGUAGGCUCUUGGUCCCACAUUGUCUCAGGCCACCUUUCCAGAUCCUUAGCUUUCUCUUCAAGUUUCUUCUUCUCUCCUGCUACCUACUCGUAGUUCUUGAAUUAGAACUGAGG